UGUUUCAGAGUGGGUAACCUCCUAUCCUCCCUUCCAAACACCCCUCCGUCCCCGAUCCUUCCUUUAUCUUUACAUAUGGCCUCUAUAUUUGGCUCUCUUUACCCUUCACCUUCACUCCUGGGUCUCUUUCCCUCCUCUCACUGCCAUAGUUAUCAGCUUAUCUUGUCGUUCGCUCCGUGGUAGUCUGUACUCAGCUCUCUGGCGGGUUAGUGAGUGGAAGGUUGACGCGACAAUCAUCAUGACUGAGACGGAGGACACGAAGAAAUAUGUGCCGCUGACGGACAAUCUUGUCCGCGAGGCUUUAAGGAAGGACAAAGGCGAGGCUGCUCUGCUGGUGUCAUGGAGGUGCGAGGACUUCACCAAGAAAGGGGACAACUACGCCUGCUUUGUGACCAGCGUUAACGUCAAGUACAAAGAGAAUGGACAAGGGGAGCCCCGGCAAGUUUCAUACGUGGCUAAGAUUGCACACCAGAUGACAGGGAGCAUGACUGAAUUAAUGAACGAAGUGUUUCACAAGGAGGGAACCUGCUUCAAUGAAAUCCUGCCUGCAGUAAACGAGGCCCUGAAAGAGCUGCACAUGGACAGCAUCAGGACCGCCAAGGGGUAUUCUGCCUCGUACACCAUUGGGAAGGAGGUGCUGAUGGUAGAGGACUUGAGGCAACGACACUUCAAAAUGUUUGAGAGGCGGCGAGGUAUGGAUGUACCGCACGCCAUUCUCGUCUUGAAGGAGCUGGGCAGACUCCAUGCCGCCACACUAUUUCUAGAGAAGAAGAUGGACUGCACCCUGACAGAAAAAUGGCCUGUCCUAAUUGAAAAGUGGUUAACGGAGGACAACACUGGGAUGACAGAAAUGUUCAAAAAGAUGACCGAAAGUCAGAUGGAAGCGUCGGCCAUGAUCAUGGAAAAGACUCCAAAAUACGAGCACGUGGUGGCGUGGAUCAGGAAGACCAAGGUUCAUGGGAUGGACAUCUUCAAAGCGGCCAUUGGUCCUGGCGGUAAAUUCACGGCGUUGACUCAUGGCGACUGUUGGAACAAUAAUAUUCUUUUCAGGUAUAACGAAAUGGGAGUCCCAGUCGAAGUGAUGCUAGUGGACCUGCAGGGGAUGCGGAGAGCCUCGGUGGCAGCCGACCUCUCCUACUUCCUCUACUCCAGCUUCACCGGGGACGUUCGCAGGGACAACUUGGACGCAUUCCUGGACACCUACUUCGACUCAUUCUGCGGUGUGCUGCAGGCAGCACAGAUGACACUGCCUUUUUCUCGAGAGGAGCUUAGCCACGAAUUUAUGAGCAAGCUCACUUUUGGCUGUGUCUCUGGUAUGAUUUUAGCUCCGAUUGUACUGAGCGAGGACCAGGACGUGAUGAGCUUUUUUGAUAUAAAUGAAGAAAACAUUGACCAAAUAAGCAAUGAUCGACAAGAAGUGAUUGUCAGGAUGGCCAACAAGGAGGAUGGACAGCUGAGGGACAGAUAUCUGUACAUGUUUGACGAUAUGGUACGAGCAGGACUCGUUUCUGAUGCUCCUGCUGCUUCCUAGUGAUGACCCACUGACUGUCUGCUGCUGGCCACAUAUAAUAAAUUACUAUAACUCUUGAAUGCCAGUAGCUGCUUGCCAGCACCUUCUUGUGACCUCCAUUGACAGUUACUCCAUUUUCCAAUGUGUUACAGUGUCCUGAUUUAAAGGCAGAGAUGCCAUGACCCAUCAUGACACGAACCAUGGAAAUGACAGGCUUCACUUGAUGAAAAAUUAGUUGCCAGGCUUCACCAGGCGGAAAUAGGUUAAGGAUUAAGUGUGCUGAAAAUGUUACGAGUUAUUGGAAAAUAUAGAGUAAUUUCAAUGUAAAAAUUUCAUUUAGUUUGGAUCAAUAGUUGAGAACCCUUAAAAGAAGACUAAAGAAGAAAAAAGCUCAGUAAGUUUUGAAAUGAAUUUUGUCCUAAGACUUUAUUUCAAUUUUGUUUGAAUAAUAACCACAUAAUCUAAUUAUAGUGCAACAAAAUCACGUCCAUUUGAAUUUAAGUUACAGAAGUUUAGAUUUAACAAAGACAGUGAAGAAUUCAAUUACUAAUAGAGUAGUGGAUGAGUGGAACAUGCUUGGUGGUCUUGUAAAGGUAAAGGUAAAGCUGAGGACAUAUGCUAUAGAUGAGUGUGACCUUCGUGCUCAUCUUUGAUCUUUGAGCCUGUAGUGGGUGAGAAUCCACUACCCCGGGAUACAGGACCAGUAUGACACCUGGGAUAGCACAGUUACCUUUCCUAGGUUUUCCAAGAUUCCUAUUUAUCAAACUGCUCGAAAGGAAGAAUGAACAGCUGGGGGUGGGGUGUGCACCAAUAGCUGGCCAGGAUGCAUAUUUACGAAGGUUUGAACCUUGGAGGAAUAAUACAUGGAGUGGCCCUCAGCGGGUCGCUCUUCACUGUGGGGUGAAACAAGGGGGGCAGAGCUUAGCCGGUGGGCGGAGCCAGCAAUUCCACCCAAAACAUUGCAUUUUUCACUCCUAGAUCGUCAGCGUAAAUGAGCUUUUGUCUGCCUUAUUUCUGCCACAUAUCGUAUGUUUUUAGUUAUUCAACUGCUGCAGUAUAUGCACUAAGGAUGUAAGUAUAGGUUUUAAUAGAAAACACCAGCUUUUCCUUGUCUUUAUUCCGCAGAAGCUGAGAUGUUCCACACCCACCUUGAUCCCUCACACUCCCUCUGUAUAAUUUUCAUUAUAUAUUGACCAUGGUCUUAUUUUUAAUGUAGAAGCAUGUACAGCCUUCUAUAUAGAGCAUCUCAGAUUUGAUCAAAACUCACUACAAGUAAACAGAAAGAAGUAUUGGGGCAGGAAGGAGAAAAACUUGCCCAUACGCAAAUAAUAGUCUAUAUUUGACUUGACGUCAACCAAUCGUGUUACAUUAUCAUGCAUGUCAUCAUUAGAUGUAUAUUAACUAGUAAAUGGAGAAAAUGCAACAUACAGGUCAGGCACCCAUUACUGAGAGGGGAUGGUUACAUGUUUUUAGGGAGAGAAAUGGUUGUGGAGUGGUGGAGAUGGUUUGAUCACCAUAGAUAAUAAUAAAAAAAAAUAAAAAAAACUUACAAGUGUAAUAAAUAAUAGAAGAUAACUCCUGUAAGAGAGAGAGAGAGAGAGAGAGAGAGAGAGAGAGAGAGAGAGAGAGAAUGAGUGGGAAUAAGAUCAAAUAAGAAUGAGAGAAUGAGAAUGAGGGAGAAUGAUAAUAAGAAUGAGAGAGAGAAUGGGAAGCAAGAAUGAGAAUGAGAGUGGGAAUGAGAAAGACAAAAUGAGAGUGAGAAUAAGAUGGAAUAAGAAUGAGAGAGAAAGAGAAUUAGAGAAUGAGCAAGAGGGAGAAUGAUUAUGAGAAUGAGAAAAGAGAGGUAAUGAGAAUGAGAAUGAAAGAGAGAAUGAGAGAAUAAAAAUGAGGGGGAAUGAUAAGGAGAGAGAGAGAGA